AUGCACUUUUUGUGCAGUGUACAUCAGCUUUUGUAUAAAUUGACUCAGAGCCAGGGCAAAACAGUAGUACAGCAGAUCAGCUAUGGGUCUGUGCUAGCUGUUUUGGGUGAUAAACAUCAAUUCCCUUCUUUUCUUCGCACCAUAAGUAACUUCACUGUUGAGGUUGUUGGUAUCACUCAGCUGAUGAAGCAGUUUAGCUGGACAUGGAUUGGCAUUCUAGCCUCUGAUAAUGACAUAGGAAGAGAAGGUAGCCAGGGCUUGCUGCAGGAACUUGCAAAGAGAGGCAACUGUGUAGCUUUUCUAGAAAUACUCCCUGCAUACAAUUCAAAAGACAGACUACGGCAAAUUGUUGAGAAGAUCAAGGCACCAUCAAUUAAAGUGAUAAUUGUCUGUUCCACACAGUUGUACCUUAUACCAUUAAUGGAGGAAGUCACAAUGCAGAAUGUAAGUGACAAAGUCUGGAUUGCGCCAACACAUUGGGGAUACUCUUUAGUGUUUUAUAUCAAAGAGAACUGGAAGACAUUAAAUGGAACUUUAGGUUUUGCAAAUUACAAUCCAGAAAUUCCUGGGUUCCAAGAAUUUGUGCACAACAUUACUCCUUCUCCAUUAAAUAAUGAUAAUUUUCUCACUCUUUUCUGGGAAACAGUUUUCCACUGUAAGUUGCUGUCUAACAAUAACACCGCAAUGUCUGCAGGUAAAGCCACUUCAUUUUGUACAGGGACUGAAAGUCUGAAGAAACUACAGACUUCAGUAUUUAAAUCCUAUAGCUUCCAAGAAGCACUCAGUGCAUACAAUGCUGCAUAUGCUAUAGCUCAUGGGCUGCACAGUCUGUUAUCCUGUGAUUCUAAAGAUGGGAUACCAAAGAAUGAAUCCUGUGCUUCUGUCACAAAUUUUCAUCCAUGGCAGGUCCCCCGUGCUGUGUGCAGUGAAAGCUGUGUUCCAGGAUAUAGGAAAUCCAAUCGAAAGGGACAGCCUAUAUGCUGUUUUGACUGUGUCCCAUGCUCUGAAGGAGAAAUAUCAAACCAUUCCAAUAGUAUUGACUGUACAAGGUGUGCAGAUGAUCAGUGGCCAACCUAUGCUCAAGAAAAGUGCAUUCCUAAAACAAUCGAAUUCCUCUCCUACAAGGAACCAUUGGGAGCUUCUUUAGCUGCUGUCAGUAUAAGCUGUGCCAUCAUUACUGCUUCUGUCCUCUGCAUCUUCAUCAAAUUUAAAGACACACCAAUCGUGAAAGCCAACAACCGGGACCUAAGUUAUCUGCUGCUGUUUGCUCUUAUUCUCUGCUUUCUAUGCUCUUUGUUAUUUAUUGGCUAUCCAAAAACAGAAACUUGCCUCCUUCGUCAAGUUGCUUUUGGUGUUAUUUUCUCCUUCAGUGUUUCCUGCAUAUUGGCUAAAACAAUCACGGUCAUCAUUGCUUUCAAUUCCACCAAACCUAACAGCCCCAUGAGGAAAUGGAUAGGAACUAAGACACCUGUCUCUGUGAUUAUAUUCUGCUCAUUGAUCCAAGUUUGCAUAUGUGUUGCCUGGCUUUCUACUGACCCCCCCUUUCCUAAUGCCAACAUGGUCAUAAAGCCUGGAACAAUCAUUAUGGAGUGUCAAGAAGGGUCCUCAACUGCCUUUGGUUGCAUGCUGGGAUACAUGGGUUUUCUGUCGCUUCUUUCUUUUGCAAUCGCUUUUCUGGCAAGGAAGUUACCUGCUACCUUUAAUGAAGCACAACUAAUAACCUUCAGUAUGAUUGUUUUUGUCAGUGUCUGGGCUUCUUUUAUCCCAGCUUACCUCAGCACUCAGGGAACAUACAUGGUUGCUGUAGAAGUGUUUGCUAUCUUGGCUUCUGGCUCUGGAUUGCUCUGCUCAAUAUUUUUUCCUAAGUGUUACAUUAUUUUGUUGAAUCCAGAAAAGAAUACCAAGAAACACUUAACUGGCAAGACAGACCAUAAUACUAUGAAAUGA